GGUGUGGCCCGCGUCGACUGGGCGGCACAGGCGCCCCUCCUCGGGCGGCUGCAGCACUUCGCCGAGUUCUGCAGCGGCGUGUUCACGGCCACGGUGGCCGAGAUGAAGCGCAGGUAUCCGGCCAAGACGCAGCAGCCGGCCUUCGUCAGUGCCGUGGCCAUGAAGAGCUUCUUCCGCAUCUUCGCGCUGGAGGACACGCAGGACACCUUCCUCGAGCUGCUGGACGAGGCCGGGGCGCUGCUGGAGGUCAUGGGCAUGACGAAUCUCGUUUCCGAUCUCCUAAGCGGGCAUCUCUACGAACAAAUGCUCGCUCCCGGCAAACUGACGGCCGCCGGAAACGGCGGUUCCGUGGGCUUGGGUGGACUGGCCGACCUGUUCUUGUCGGCGCCAGCGCUGCGGUCAGCCACCUCCACCACGACGGCAGUCAGUGCGGCCGGCGAACAGGAAGCCGAAGAGGAGGAAAUGGAUAACUCGGCGGCCUUCGUCUCUAACGAACAGUUCGAGGGCAUCAUGGAGCUGUACGACAGCAUGUUCCGCGACGACGAGACCCGCAACGCCACCGCGGCCAAGCUGGAGCUGGCCGGGCGCGUCUUCCUGCAGGGCUGGUACGAGUCGAUGCGGCGCUUCGGACGCGAACGCGGCAAACUGGCGCCGAAGCCCUUCACGCCGGCCGACUUCGCCAACUACAUGGAGGCCAUCGAGGUGCCCUUCUCCAACAUCAUCGACUUCGCCUACCCGCUCAACAACGAGCGCGCCUGCGACGGGCCACCGGAAGUGACGCUGGUGGCCGUGUUGUCCCGUUCGCGCAACGCGGCGCUGCGGCGGGCCAUCCGCCAGACGUGGGCGGUGCCGACCGCGCUGGGCGGCGGUCUGAAGGUGGUCUUCCUGAUGAGUGACCGCGAGACGGAGCGGCCGGCGCUGCGACAGGAGAGCGAAGAGUUCCGCGACAUCGUGACGGUGGAUGUCCCAGAGACGUACGACUACCUCCCGCGGCGGGUGCUGGCGCUGCUGGACUGGGCCAGCCGUUACUGCGCGGCGGCGGCGUAUGUCUUUAAAACGACCGAGCAGGUCUAUCUCAACGCCACCCUCCUGCGGGAGCAGGUGGAUUUCGCCAAAAAAGCCGGUGCGGCGGAAUCGGCGGACGCGCCGGUGCAGAUCGUGGGCAACCUGGUGAAGAACGCCUCGGUGGAGCGGAAUCCGCUGUUCCUGCAGCACCUCUUCUACGACGAGUACCCCUUCGACAGCCUCCCGACCCACCUGCGCGGCUUCGGCUACCUGCUGAGCCGGGACUUCGCCAAGCAAGCCGUCGCCGUGGCCAAGGACUUCCCGCUGAUGCGCACCGACGACCUCCUCGUCAGCGCCAUCCUCGCCAACAAGCUAAAGGUCGCGCCGCACGCCUUCCAGAAGGGACAGCGCGUCUACGCCCUCGGCCGCGGUCAGCUGACCCAGCCGGAUACCCGAAAGGUCAAGGAAGAAGUGUGCCGGGAGAAGCGCGAUACGCUGGUGUUCGGCGGGAAACUGGACGCGCCGGAAAUGCUGCUGUUGCAUGAGUAUCUGCUGUCCUGUCCGGCCUAGUUAUAACGCAUGUAUAUACGGCGUUUAUACCGGUUGUUCACGCUGUGCCCUAUUGUUUCCAGGAGAUUAAUAUUAAUUUCCUAAUCAUUCGUUAUUCAUGACAAAUUUACUGUUCAGCAAUA